CGUUGGCUCAUCAUACAAGAAAAGAAAGAGCAAAAGCAAUUGUACGUCUCUUUUGCCUUUUAUUUUUUUAUCUAAAAACCGCCAAUUGUCCAAUCAUCCAACUUGAAGCAUCUGAUUACUGCUAACGCCAUCCAUAUCCCUGGUGAUAAAUAUGAAUGGAAUAUGCAAGAUUGCCCCAUGAUCUCCUACUGAAAACAGAAGAAAAAACAAAAAAGAUAAGUUAUCUGCAUAUACAUGAGAUUUUUCAUUUGAAUCUUGUUAUUAUUGUUGUUGUUAUUGUUCAUAAUUACCUCCCGGAGAGAAAGCUCAGCCAGCUUCCAAGCAGCCUCUCUCUCUCUACAACUUCUCUCCCCUCUCUUCUAUCUACCUCUGCAUCUCCCUCUCCUUCAUGAUCCUAUCAGCAGGCCUGGAUGUCUGCAUCGAGGGCCUCCUUCAGCUCCUGCCCGAACUUGUCCACCACAUCUUUGAUUCUGAAAGACAUGUCUAUGCGGAAAUCACAUACCUGUACUGCUUCUCUCUCUCUCUCUCUCGCUCGUUCUUACUUCAUUGUAUGGAGUAUGGACAAUGGACUGCAAAAUUUGAAUUCAUGUCUAUUUCUGAUAAUCACCCGCCAGUGACCAAACCAGUAGUUGUAACCUUCAGAUCAAGCACUCUGGAUCUGCUAAUUUCCUAUACCCUAAGUCUGUUGCUGGAUUUCCAAUGAAACUGCACCAUCUGUCCUCUGAAAGUGUGAAGUAACUUGAAUGCGACGUUUGGAUUUUGGAAGGCAUUUGUAAUUUGAAUUGAGGGCAAUCUCGGGAAUCCCUAAAAUAUAAACCUUGUUCGAACCGGUGGGGCCUUUUCCUUUCGCGAUUCUUCUCCACUCCAGCAUCCAGUUCUCCUUUACCCUCUGAACUAUUUACACAGAAAAGGAGAAGAAAACGAAAAUUGAGGAAGAAAGAAUGUUGAGAUCUUUCUACCAUGGAAUCGCCCAACAACAGAAAAGGAGAUUUCUACUUCACCAGUUGUUUACUCGGAGGGAGAUUCACAGCAGAAAUAAAAAGGCAAUGGAGUUCGUGGCAAAAGGAUGGAAUGCUUUACAGGAAGUUGAUAGAGUCAUCGACUACACCGAACCUAACGACCCUCGUCUUUUCCCUCUUAUGAGAACUGCAAAGGAGAAUUUCGAAUUGGCAUUGGAAGCUGAUAAUUCAAAUGUCCAUGCAAGAUAUUGGCUGGCCAGACUUCAUCUCAAAUAUCAUGUCCCUGGGGCCUGUAAAGCCUUAGGAGUUGCUUUAUUAGUGGAAGCUGCAGAUAUGGGUGAUCCAGAUGCACAAUAUGAACUGGGUUGUCGUCUAAGAGUUGAGAAUGAGAAUGUUCAAUCAGAUCAACAGGCUUUCUAUUAUCUGGAGAAAGCUGUUGACCAGUUGCAUCCAGGUGCGUUGUACCUUCUAGGUGCUGUAUAUUUGACAGGGGACUGUGUAAAGAAAGAUAUUGCUUCUGCAUUGUGGUGUUUUCAUAGAGCAUCAGAGAAGGGGCAUGCUGGUGCAGCAAUAGCAUAUGGAUCACUGCUUUUACAAGGUGCUAAAAUCCCAGUAGCCCUAACAAAAUUUAAUUCAAGAGGGGGUAUCUCUACUAAAAAAGCAAAACAACAUGUGGAAAGCCCCAUGGAGGACCCAGUAGAGAUGGCAAGGAAGCAGUUCGAAAUAGCUGCAAAGGCUGGAUGUGGUCUUGGAUUGCAAUGGUUGAAAAGACUUGAGGAGGAGGAGGAGAAGCUUCAGAUUGUUGCAUAAAGUGUAGAAGCGCAAUUGAUAGACAUCAAACUUCAUAAAUAUCAAACCUACAUCUUGUAAUGCUUCAGUCACUGCUUUCAUGGAUGUGGCUCAGGAUGUAAAAUUUGUUGUAAAGCUGUCAUAGAAUCAGACAUAUCAAUACAUGAAUAAAUGGUCCUUGGGAUAAGCUUAUAGAAAGAUCGGAAUAUAGUCUAGUCAUGCUUAUCCAACAAUGCCAAUGUUCCUGUAUGAAUCUUUUAUUCUUUUAAUAGGGAGGACAUUAACCUUCCCAGACUUAUGAAUCCAUUAAGGACCAUGCUCAGCUGAUGUCAAACUGUGAAUAUUUUGGUUUAUUUUCCACCCCAUGAUGGAGUCAGAUAGUGAGGAUGCUGUACUGUUUUCUGAAUAUUGCUAUGUGAUCUUUUCAAUUCCAUGUAAA